AGGUUUUAGUACCCUUCCCUGCACAUUGCCUAUUGUUCUUUGCUCUUAAACCUACAGGAGAAAGAGAGGACAGAGCAUGAUUGAUUGUUAUCAGAGCUGGUAGUUUUAAUCAAAUGUCUGCUUUUGUUACUGCUGCACGUGUGGUUGAAUUUACUGCCAUGGCUGUUCAAUUUGAGAUUUCUUGGCUUUGCACUCUGUUGUUCUGGGGCUGCAUUUGCUUUCCUCAUCAAAAAGGUUACAUUGCACAUGGCUACUCUCUUAAUGGUAACGAAGUCAGUUACCAUGAUGGCGUGUUUGACACACAAAUGUCAAACCAGUUUGACUCAAACACAAACCAAGACUCCAUUCGUCCAAGCGAUGAGAUGCAAGCUAUGAGACACCAAAGCUUUCUUUCCCUUCAGAGAGAACCAGUGAACCAGGAAUGCAACGAGGAGUUUAGCUCUGUUACUAGCCUCAGUGAAGAUAUGGCACAAAACAAACCAGACUCUGAGCAUUAUGUCCCCUCCGCUCCCCCUGUGCAGAAAUAUGUGCAUGACGGUUCUGGUUCUCUACACCCUUUUGGCAUUUUACUGAAGAAGCACACACAAGCGCAAACCAGUGGGGGAACCAGUUUCCAAACUAUCCAAGAUGUCAAACGGUUUAUAGAAACAAUGAAGAGAUCCUUCUUAAUGCCAGGAGGUGACAAGGGUAGACAUUUUCAAACUGCAAAGGAAACCAUGGCAAAUGAGAUGGCUUCUAAUGCUCAAAAUAUAAAGGGGGUCAACCCUCCAAACAGCCCAUCUCAAUAUUUUAGCAACCAUUUAAGCAAGCCAUCCAAUAUAAUGCCUCUAACCUCUGAGAAUAUCCAACAACCAAAAUAUACAAGAUAUCGAAAACCAUCUGGUGGCUUUGGAAAUCUUCACCACAUUCAAAGUGAGGAGCUAAACAGAGGGACACCAGCUAAUGUCCUGUCCUAUACCAAUAAUUUCUAUGUUGAUUCCCCAAGAGGUCAACACUCAAUCGAGUAUUUACCAAAAGAAAGACCAGCCAAAUCAUUUCAGGCAUAUCAACCCACUUUUAAUAAGGAAUCAAAGGAUAUAAACUACACUCCCACCGCCCACCUGUCUGUAUCUUCUGGUUAUGUUUCUGCAAGCCCUGUCUACCCUUCACCACAGAGUAGUAGUGGCCAUGUAAGUGUUCAAACAAGCAGCCCACAUGAUGCUCAGAAAGAAGCUUUUACCAGAAAGCAGCCAGUCAGCCUCCACCGACUGUUUACGGUGAAACCUUCCAGCUCUCUUUAUGGCUCAAGUAGACAUGAUGACUAUCUCCAAGGCAAGAUAGUCCAUUUUAGUCAUCCUUCCACCCUAAGUACCCAGGCAAAAGAUGAGAAGCCUGACCUCUUCAAGCAACAUCUAGUCUCUGCCACUCGGGGACUAAAACAAAAGGCUGGCCAUAACUUAAAUCUCAUUUCAAGUGGCUUCGACUCAACCCAUAGUGGGAUCUCCUCUUGGGUCGGAGAUAGUGACGCAAAUUUCAACUCUCACACUAACUUUGCUCCAACCUCAGCAUCAGAGGGAAGCCUUUCCAAGUUUAGUUGAUAAUGAAGUCAUGUCCAGGAACUUGGGAAUCAAGAAUAUAUUAUCUAAAGACUGUGAUGACAGAGAUCCCCUGGGCUCAUUUUCUACUCCACCACGACGAGGCUUUCCUAUAAAUAGUAACGAUAUGAGUGCAAACGGAGGUGGCCUUCCACAGACUUUCAGACAACCGAACAAUGUAUGGAAGCGUCCAGCCAAUGUGAAAAAAGAGCCUGGCAUCAUUAACUACUGGCCUCUUGCACCGCUCUCUGCAUCCAAAGUUUCUGAUCUUACUUUAAGUGAUGUCUUUUAUAGGAAUAGUUUCCCCACAAAAGGGAUUUUUCCAAACAUGGGCCCCAAGGUGUCGCCACCAUUUGUUGAUGCGCACAAUGUGAAGUCCAGAAAUGAUUACGCAAGGAGAAAACUAUCAAAGACCCAUUAUUCACCAUAUUAGCUGGAUGAAUACAAGAACAACGUAAAAGGAUUAAAAGAACGGUGAAGGAGGAUCAAAACGUUUCAAGUGAGAGAGAAAAUGGUAAAAUGGCUGACCGCAAGUCUGUAGUACAUAUAGGACCUGUUGCCAUCGUCAAAUAGGAGACAAAUCAAGUUACUGGAGUUCUACACACAACUGCUCUGAUUAGUAAAGGCAUGAAAUGUAAAGGUUUUCUUACCUCUAUUUGCUUGUGUCGCACUGUUAAUAAUGUUAAUAAUAAGUUGGUCAAUAAUUUCUGUUUUUAAGUUGAUAGCCUUUUUUUUUUUUUUUGUCACAAGUAUUGUCUGUGCCAAUAUUUGAGCAGUGGAAAAACUCACUCAUGCAUUGCAAUUUGAUAUUUCUCAGAACUCUUUUGUAGGGUGGCGAUUAAGAAAAAUGGUCUUUUAACAUCGAUCUUGUUUUCGCUGAAACUUCACUUGGUGCUUAUAGACUGGUGAAGAAGCUUGUGUCUAAUGGCACUUUUCUUCCUUCUCCCUCAAUAAAUCCUUUUUGAGAAAUUUAA